AUCUCGUUGCUCAUUCCGGCAUUGUCUCGGGGGGAGACAAGCACACUCGUUACCGAACUAGCAGCGAUCCGAAGAUCAAUCAGGAAAUCACUACACCUACGCUCUCCGUCAAUCCAAGCCGCUUUUUCUGAUCUUUUCUUCGGAGCUUCCCGUAGCUCUCCCCAGAACUGCUUUGCAUUGAUUAGCUGCAUCUUUGUUCUGCAUCUCGUUUCGUGUUUCUUCACCUUCAAAGCUACUCUGGAAUCCUAGCCUGCUUUGGACCCUUUCCGAAACGCGGUUCAAUAAAGGGGGGGAAGAAAUAGCAAAACAUUGCCAUCUCGGAGAGCUUCCCGGGAGACAUUUUACGGGUAUCACCUACAAUCCCGUCUGGGAUCUGCUCUACUCAUCUCCGCGCCGUUAUCAGACGCCAUUAGUCUGCCUGUCUUUGCCCUGAAUCAUCCGUCGGCACGCUGUCUCGAAACUGGUCCCGAUCUGCAACUAACCUAUAUUGGUUUCGGGCCUGCUCUUUCGCUUUAUGUUCAUUCGAAGCUUUUCAUCCCGCGCCUUGUGUGUUCAGACUGGCAACAACUUCCUAUCGUCACUCUUUUUUCUGUCUCGGACGGUUCCGUUGUGGACUGUCCGACGCGCGGUCGUUUUCAAGAAUAAAUUCGCUGUCGUUCGCUUCCAAGUGUCCUGUCGUGUUGCAGUUACUGCAACAUCUUCAAACUGGCUUACUCAAAGACGAACGGUGCUAUAGUGAGAUUCAUCCCUGCAAUCGUUUCCCUUCCGUUUCCGUCGUACCGUCGACUCUUCAUCUGAACUCCCGAGUUCAGUGUAGAAGCAGUCGGGAUCCCUUUGGAGUCUGCUUGACUGAUGGUUCUCUUUUCUUGUAGUUCGAUCCAGAUUUUCAAACGCCGGUGAUUCUAGACGAGUCAUUCUCUUUUUCGAACCCCGAAGAGUCGCAGUUUGUUGGAGAGUUUUCAGACGGCCUCUGGGCCAAGUCUGAACCCAUUUUGUCUAUGUCUGCCUUUCAGAAACCCCCACAGGCUGCGCUGCUAGAUUACGGUUCGACACGGCCUUUGCACGAUGUCGUUCCCUAUUCUACGUAUAGUCAACCUCCUUAUAUGGCGACACAGCUCGCCCCGUCCCCAAUGGCAGACCAGACGAGCCAAGUUCCCGAUUGCGUCCCAUAUUUGGCGAAUCAAGAUUACGCAGGUUCCUACGAAGGACCUCGCUCUGCCCGUCAGGUUCCAGAGAUUGUGACCUAUGCUCCACAGAGAGGGUAUGAAGGCACGAGGGUCUUCGUGCAGCUCCUGUCUCCUUACGAUCUUCACACGUCUUCUUACGCCUCAUUGUAUCUUUGCUUCGGUUCCAAGAAAUGCGAAUGCGUUCCGCAUUUCAUCGGUUUCCAGUAUUCUGCCUUUCAGUACGCCCUGUAUGUCGAUGCUCCUUCCUUUCUUUCGACCGGCUCCUCCUCGUUCGCGGUACCCUUGCAGGUAACUAUUGUUACCCAGGAACAAUGCAACGCAAUAGUGCUUCAGGUUGGUAUCUAUACAUACGAACAGGCAGCUCAUCCUUCACCCCCCGAUGAAUCGCGGAAACGACGAAUCUCCUCGUUUUCGGAGACUUCCGGUCCCAGGCCGGUGAAGAAGUCCUCGGGCCAGAACUUGCAAAUGAAGGAACAGGCGGAUGGCUAUACGUACCAAGAUCAGCGAUCAGCAUCCUAUUCGCCUUACGUGCAACCGCUCCCCGCAAUGAACGGCUACAUGGCUCCCUAUAACGCGGCUUCUUCACCAAGGGCUGGCACAGUCCAGUACCCAGGAGUAUCCAGCACACCACCCUCAACUAUCCGAGCACAUUCUCCUCUCACUCCUUCAUGGAGCCCGUCCUUUGCGUCAUUGAACAAUGAUGGCAGAACUCCAGGCCUUGCGAAUUACCAGGGGCUCCAUCAGCAAAAGGCUCCCUCGCCAGCCGGAGCUUCCAACCCAACUUUGAUCCGUACCUCAACGUUACAACAGGCCAGCGGUUUAGGUCAUGUGCAAGCAUUUAAUCCUUAUGCCAUCUAUCCUUCGAAGGCUACCCUGAAGUUGAACGGCGACCUUGAUGCAAUGGCCGAGAAUUGGACCAAAGAGGAACGCGACGCGAAACGUCGCCUUGUCCAGUUUAACCGUAUGCAGAGCGGUAGUACAAUUCACGCAGAUUUCAGACCUGUUGCGCCUGAGGACCGUGCUCCGAAUAGCAUUUGCAUCAGUUGCAUACACUGGGAUGGGAAGGAUGAGUGUUUUGUCACCAGUGUGGAUACAAUCUACCUGCUUGAAUCACUCGUUGGAGUGCGUUUCACCGUUGAGGAGAAGAAUCGUAUUCGCAGGAACCUGGAAGGCUUCCGGCCUCUCACUGUUUCGAAGGCUAAGCCGGAUAGCGAAGACUUCUUCAAGGUUAUCAUGGGCUUUCCUGCGCCGAAGCCUCGCAAUAUUGAGAAGGAUGUCAAAGUCUUUCCCUGGAAAAUCCUUGGCCACGCGCUAAAGAAGAUCAUUGGGAAAUACUCGGCCAGCUAUUCUUCCACGGCUGGAGCACUUCCGUCUCCUGCUGGACCGGGUUUCGCUAGCAGUACAGCAACCCCGGCUUCUGACUCUGGGGGCGAAACUCAAAAUGCUGGGUCUCCUCAGUCCGCAGAAUCGACUCCAUCCACAACUUACGGUGUUACUGUGAUGGCAGCAGCCUAUCCGCCUCAGAUGGAGCAGACUGGGAUACCAUUAUCAGGCCCUCCUGAGCUGCGAACCAUCUUAAAUAAUUCUGGCCAGCCGUAUUCUUCUAUGGCCGCACCAUUUUCAUACCCGGCCAUUUGUCAGCCACAGAGUCAUCACGGAAAUACUGCUCACGUUCACAGACGUUCCUGGGAUGUGAGUACUCUGGCUGCGAGCACCCCCAUCACAGCCCCCUCGUCUAGCACAUCUGGAUACGAUGGUAUUGUCUCGAUGACAUACUCUCUUCCCGAAUCAGCAAACGGCCCAUAGUUCGUAACGGAAUUGAUACUGAUUACUGGAUCUCGAUUGAUAAUACCCAUCGUUCUCGAGGCGAGCCUUGUGGUCUCUUAUUCUACUAUGAUCUUCUCGAUUUCGUGGGCUCUAUAUGUUCGAUCCGUGAUUGUGACUCGCGAGUCUUUGGCGUCUGCAUUUGUCGGCGUUGUUCGGUUUCCUGUCAUUGUCUCUUUGUUUCUUGCUGAAUGGGUUGGCCCGUCUUCACCCAUCUGGGGCAACUUACCAAGCUUAUCUCGCUCCCACCCACCUUGUCUUUGCGAAUGGCCUUUUACGAAUUUCUUUCAGACAUUCUUUGAUACACUCGGGAGAAGUUAUGACACUCCUUAUACGAAUAUUCACGCUGAGCAAUGUCACCUGCCUGCGAAUGUUUCACUCAUUACGUCUUGUGAUAGUUUCACAUACGUCUUUCCUUUUCGGUCACUGAAUGCCCCUGAACUCGUUUUCUGUCCUUGUCUUUCCCACUAUUUUGGUGAUCACGUUUUGGAGUCAUGCAUAUUAGAUGGUUACUGUCAUUCCUUUAUAUGGAGCUUGCAUUACACACACGGAGGGGCAUUUGGGUUCCAUUCCUUUUUUGGAUAAAAGUUACGUUUUUUUGAACAGCAUAGCGUUGGCGCUGCGGUCAUUCCUUUUCCAUCUUGGCAGGUCUUGUGAGUUGGUUGGUUAUGUUGGGAUAUAAAGAAAUUCAACGGGUUGGCGAGGGAAAGCUAAAAGUGAGAAAGCGUUUAUUUCUUCUGCACUGUACGAUUUGACAUGGGAGGGACAUGGGAGGGACAUGAGGGUCUUAUUUGUCUUUUUUUUGGUUUUUUUUUUUUUUUUUUUUCUUU